AUGAAUUUCAUCAAUUUUGGGUUCUUUCUCAUUCCAUCAGCAUUGAUUGGAGUGGUUUGCAAUUGGACAGUGGUAUUCUCAGUGCUGAAAAUCUCGUCGCUGAAACAAUCAUUCGGCUAUUUGACAGCGAAUCAAGCCCUUGGCGAUGCUAUUCAUUGCACCGCGUUCUUAUUCUACGUCUGUCCAAUGAUGAUACUUGAUAUCGAGCUCUUCCGAAUCUAUUCCAAUCACUGCGGAUUCGUUCUCAUCUUCUGCUAUGAGCUCUCGGUCCUCUCUCAUUUGAUUAUAUCGUUCAAUCGAUUGACUGCAGUAUACAUGCCGACGAAAUAUUCCUCAAUGUUUAGCCUUCGCAACAGUAUAAUUAUAAUAGUCAUUUUAUGGAUAACUACGGCAAUGUUCACAAUUUACUUUUAUCAAUACCUGUGCCCUCUAUUCUGGGUUAAAGAGUUGGGGCUUUUCAUGUUCCGAUCCUCGGAUUUUUGUGCGAUCUUAUCAUGGUACACCGAUUUUUGUAAAUUCAUCGUCUGCAUUUCGCUGGUUGUCAUCUUCGAUAUUGUCACAGUUGCCAAGGUCCACUCGAUCAAUAAAUUGACUUGUUUCCAAGGAGCCGCAUUUGUGUUCGAGUUGGUCUCGUAUUUUGUGGUCCCAUUGUUUCUAGCCGACAACAAGAUCGCUCUGUUCUUUCUUACGACAUUCGCGUGGGUUUCGGUGCACUCGAUUGACGGAAUAAUUACCGUCCUGUGCAAUCCGGAUCUGCGCAAAUUUAUCACGUUCCGAAGAGAAAAAUCAAAUCAAGUCUCAUCGACGAAUAAUGCUCAUCAACAUCGCGGAGAGCAAAGAUCCGAAAUUCCACAUAUUCUGUCGACACCCAGCACAUGA